AGUAGAGAGGCAAUUGGUCGGGAUCCAACUUCGCAAAAGAAGAUCUACCCUGAUUGGACUCCAAAAAGAUUUCAGCAUUACUCAUCUCCUCUCACCAUCACUCAUCUCAGCAUGCCAACUAAAAGGAGACCUAAGUCAGCAAAAGGAACAGCGGAUAUGCCAGAUACCGGCAGGACCCCCUCGGCUUCUGGUGAUGCCCCCGCACCCAGACAAGCUGUUCCUACAUUAUCCCAGAAGGGGUGUAACACUACAAUGAAGAGCCUUCUUGGAUUUGAUAUCUCAGAUAUUAGUUCAUGGAGUUCCUUCGUAAAGCUCAUGAAUUCUCCUCAGGAUCCAGCAUCCAUUGCAGUAUGGAGAAUAUUAUUUGGCCUGGUUAUGAUGAUAGACAUACCACAAGAACGAGGUAUGGCAUACGCAGACUAUCGAUGGGGAGAUCCCAACGAAUGCCGCUUUCCGCUUUUCAAUGCUCUUAAACCGCUACCUGUUGAUUGGAUGUACGUGGUUUAUUUGACAAUGUAUAUAGGUGCAUUUGGUGUAUUUCUUGGAGCCUUUUAUCGUCUGAGCUGCCUCCUCUUCUGUAUCCCAUACUGGUAUAUCUUCUUCUUAGACAAGACAACAUGGAAUAAUCAUUCAUAUUUGUAUGGCCUGAUCAGUUUCCAGCUUAUCUUCAUGGAUGCAAAUCGGUUCUGGUCUGUUGAUGCCUUGCUGAAUCCAAAAAUAAGAAAUGCCAAUAUACCUCUCUGGAAUAUUGCUAUCAUUCGCUUCCAGAUCUUUGUGGUAUAUUUCUACGCUGGUCUAAAGAAAUUGGAUGCCGACUGGAUAGGAGGCUAUUCAAUGGAAUAUUUGUCAAAGCAUUGGAUAUUUGAACCAUUCAGGUUUAUGUUAACAGAUGAAGAGAUUGAUUACUUCAUCGUUCAUCUUGGUGGCCUCGUCUUGGAUCUAUCAUCAGGUUUCCUUCUUUUCUUUGAUGCUACUCGUCUCUUCGCUACUUUCUUCUGCUCCUCCUUUCAUAUCAUGAACUCACAGAUCUUCAGCAUAGGUAUGUUCCCCUAUGCCAUGCUAGCAUCAACGACUGUAUUCUUCUCUCCAUCUUGGCCGAGAUCAUUCUGUAGUGUACUCCCUAUCUACGUGAAAAAUAAUAUCCCAUCGGUCAGCUUCUCUGCUACCAUUCAGCCAAGUGAAAAUUGCAUCUAUCCUCCUCCAAAGAAAGAAAAUAAAAAGAAAAAUGACCCUUGCAGUGUCAAGAGGAACAGUAAAAUGAGCUGGAGACAUCAAUCAACAGUGAUAGGAUUAAUCAUCUAUGUAUGCAUCCAACUGUUCAUGCCUUACUCGCAUUUCAUUACAAAGGGAUAUAACAACUGGACCAAUGGUCUCUAUGGCUAUUCUUGGGAUAUGAUGGUUCAUUCCUGGCAUACUCAACAUGUUAAACUCAAAUAUAUUGAUGGAAAGACUGGUAACGAAGGCUAUUUAUCACCAGAUUAUUGGACAGAGAGCAAUCGAUGGGCGGGUCACAGUGAUAUGACUAAGCAGUAUGCCACAUGCAUCGCUCAUCAUCUCAAAGAUAUGGGUCUCUCUGAACCUCGGCUCUACAUGGAUGUAUGGAAAUCAAUGAAUGGGCGAUUCCAGCAACGGAUGUUCAACCCUAACGUGGAUCUGGUGAGGGCGAAUUGGUCCCCCUUCAGUGCCACGCCCUGGAUAAUGCCCCUCUUAACGGAGCUCUCUGAUUGGAGGAUUAAACUCACAGAGAUUGAAGAUCAGCUGGAUGAUGAACUCGAUAUUACUUUUGUAGCGGAUUUUCCUGGUUUAUAUCUUGAGAAUUUCAUAAGUGAAGAUCUUGGGAAUACAACCAUCCAGGUUCUUAGUGGUUCAGUCAUGGUGGAGUUGGUAGAAAGAAAACGAAACAUCACUCUUCACAUUGGAGAUCGGAUACAGUUGCCAGCAGGAGACUUCCAUAACGUGCACACAGUGUCGGACACCCCGUCCUGCUACAUGUAUGUAUUUGUGAAUACCACUGAGCAAGCCAUCGUACGCCAAGCAACAGACUUCUUUAAUAAGCAUGAGAUAGAAAUAGGGGACACUGAGACAUUGGAAAACACAAAUAUCGAUCCUAAAAUUUUUGAAGGAUUGUCAGAUGCAGUCAAAAUGCGUAUCUUGGAGAAAGUCAGUGCUAAGAUUGAAAAGAAUGAGCAAGCAAGUAGAACCAUCCCAGAGAAGGCCCAGAUAUUUCUGGAUAAAAAGAAACUGAUAUUUCACAGGACGAUUGUGAAGACUGUGCAAGCUCUAAAUCACAUUAUUCUUGGAGGAGAGUCUGUUGUUCUGAAUGAUCAUCACACCACAGACAGAACAGGACAAGACAAUCAGAAAACCCAUGUUGAACUUUGACAAUAAACUCAAAUUAAUGUGCAGAUAGUACCCGAGUUAUAGAUGUGCUUACUUAAAGAAAAAUUACGGAACCCAAAAAUUUCCUUAUAACAAAACACCUUGCUGUAUCCACGGACAUACUAAAUUCUAUUUUGUUGUUUGAGCCUGUAUUUUCCCCUUCUUUUUUAUAUUUUAAGUUGAUGUCUGAGUGCCAUUGGAUUUAUUAAUGACACACAUACCACUGCCCCCCCCCCUUCUUCUAGGACCCGGUAGGAUUUAUUCCUUGAAUGCUUUAGCACCUAUAUGGCGGCUCAGCUACAGCCAGGGUAAUAAUAUGAUAUGUAUUAAGCGCAGUAGAGUAUAUGCAAUUAUAGUAGCUGCGCUAUGUAAAUGGACCAUAUACACCGUUUUUACAUAUGAUCGGCUUUUGCAUCAGCUUUUUCGUAGCGUUUACCGUUAAACGCGAUUAUCUUGCAUCGGCUCUCAGUUCAGAAUCAGCAAUUUUGCACCACCAAAGUAGUAGGUUCAGAACCACGAGCCGAUUCAGAAUCGGCUUUUUUUACUACGUGUAAACAGAAAGCUGAUUCUGCAUCUGCAAUUUCAUUUACAUUACCAUUAUGACGUACUUCAAAGCGCACGGAUCCAGCUUUGUCUUUAUUAUGACAUAUAUUGUUGGUGCGCGGAUCAUUUCAGUUUUUUGACACGCGAGCCGAUGCAGCGUGUAAAUGCAGUGCAAGAUAAACCCAAAAGCCGAUUCUGCAUCGGCCUUUGGUUCAGAACCAAAAGCCGAUCACAUGUAAACAUGGUAAUUAUUGUAAUUAUUAGAAAUGGAACCAUUAUAUCAAUGGCCUCGAAUAGGAAAUAGAGUGAUCCUUUCAUAUAUGUUGAAGAAUAUAUUGUUCAUUUUUGUACACUUUACAUUUGACUAGUAUUUUCUGCCUCUGCCUUCUAUCCCAAUGAUAAUAAUAAUUUGAUAGUAAUUAUACUUGCUGAUAGAGCGCUAAUAAUACUUUAUCAGAAGUCUCCAAGUACUCUAGGUAAUGCAGCAAAAUUACCCUGGCUUUAGCAGAGCAUCUGUUACGCACACUGCAUUUCAAUGAAUAAAUUCCUACCAGGCACCCAUUCACCUCACCUGGGUUGAGUGCAAUCAGGGCAGCUCAAUAUGGGUAAAUUUCUUGCUGAAGGCAAACACACCAUGGCUUGGAAUCGAACCAACAUCCCUCAGAGUGAAAGAUGACAGCCAUAACCGCUACACCACGAUGCCCCCAACCACAAGGGUAGUGUAGUGUUAUAUUUGGUUUGGUGCUGCAGCUGGUGUUGGUAACACCAGCCGCAACAAAAUCAACAGAUUCUUGUAUAUUGGAAAAGUAGUUGCAAUCAAUGUGCUUCGAGUAGUAGCAGUAUUUUUGUUGAUCGUGUGCUAAGCACUGAUACGUGUACAUCGGGUACUGAGCAAUAGCUAUGUGUGCUUUAUAUCGCAUUCUAGGGACUCGAAAUAUGAAGAAAUUAAUCCUGAUAUACUCAAUGAAAUUUUAAAGGCUGAAUAUUUAAAAGAAUUUCAUUUUUUGGCCAUUUAAUUAUCUAUCCUCAUUAGUGACUGGCUGGAAUGCUCCUCGGGGAGUGAUGGAUGCGCAUAUGUAAGAGUCCGAUGACCGGGGUAAUAAUAAUCUGUAUGUUCUUAGAUAUGUACAAUUUAUGUCUUGAGGGCAUUUUUAAUAACCAAUUAGUAUUAUUCUAAUGUAAAGAAAUGAAUUUACAUUUUUAUUAUAUUUUUAGUAUAAACAUACUCUAAUUAAAACUCCAAGAAAGAUAUAGAAUAUUGGGUGAAUGUCUGCCGGUAAUAAUUGACUUUCAGUGUAGGCCUAUAGGUAGAUUGGCCCAAAAUUGUUUGUAGAUUAAUAGCCAAAUAAUAAUUUGUUUGAAUGAUCAUUGAUUUAAGUUAUGAGAACGUUUGUCAAAGUAACUUAAGACCUAAUCUGCCAGUAUUCUUGUAUCAUGUUAUUUAUUGUAUGUAGAUGCAUUUCAUUGUGUUAUGAAAAUUGGGUCAAAUUAGGGGAUUUUUUUUGAGGCAGCCAAAAUUUCAUAUACUUUCUCCAUGGAUGUAAAAAUUUGUGUUCACAAGUGAUCCUUUAUUUUGCAA